GCAAACGUAUCGUACCGGCAAUUCAACCUCGGAGAAGUCGUGUCCCUGCGAUCCAUCGAGACGGCAGGGUAUGGCUUCCAACGCACCGGCCGACUCGCCGGCCGACUUGAGGCGAUGCAUAUGCUCGCCCACGACGCACCCGGGCUCCUUCCGGUGCCGGCUCCACCGCGGCGGCGUUGGCAUGCCGAGGUCGGCCUCGUGCCAGCAGUUCGGCGACGCCGGCGCGCCGGGCUCCCGAUCGCUCCGCCCCAGCCACAUGCGGAGGCCCGCGUCCCAGCAGCAGUUCGCGGUGCACUCCACGACCGUUGGCGGCGGCGGCAUGUCGAAGCCAUCUUCUGAGCAGCUGUUCCGCCCUUUGGGCCUUCCAAGAUCGGCGUCGUGUCAAGAUUUCUUUCCAAAGGAGUGACCGGAAGCGGGUUCCGAGAACACUGAACCAGGCUGCUCUUUUGGCGAUGCCUAUGAUC